AUGAGCGCCGGCGAGGCGAAGGAGUAUCUGGCCCGCAGGGAGAUCCCGCAGCUUUUCGAGAGUCUGUUGAAUGGAUUAAUGUGUUACAAACCAGAUGACCCAAUUGAAUAUUUGGAAAGCUGUUUGCAGAAAGUGAAAGAGCUUGGAGGGUCAGAAAAAGUGAAAUGGGACACUUUUGUCAGCCCAGAAAAGAAGACCCUGCCUCCACUCAAUGGCGGACAAUCCAGAAGGUCUUUUUUCAGGAAUGUGAUGCCUGAUAAUUCUAACUUCCCAUACCGACGGUAUGACCGACUCCCUCCAAUCCAACAGUUUUCGAUAGAAAGUGACACCGACCUCUCUGAAACUGCUGAGCUAAUUGAGGAGUACGAUGUGUUUGAUCCUGCAAGACCUCGACCAAAAAUUAUCCUUGUCAUAGGUGGCCCGGGAAGUGGUAAAGGAACACAGAGUUUGAAAAUAGCAGAACGUUAUGGAUUUAACUACAUAUCAGUUGGUGAAUUGUUAAGGAAGAAGAUCCACAGCACAAGCAGCAAUAGAAAAUGGAGUCUAAUUGCCAAAAUAAUUACUACUGGAGAACUGGCCCCUCAGGAAACAACCAUAACUGAGAUAAAGCAGAGAUUAAUGCAGAUCCCUGAUGAAGAGGGUAUAGUGAUUGAUGGAUUUCCCAGAGACGUUGCCCAGGCAAUCUCCUUUGAGGACCAAAUCUGUACCCCAGAUUUGGUGGUGUUCCUGGCAUGUUCCAGUCAAAGGCUGAAAGAAAGGUUACUGAAGCGUGCUGAACAGCAAGGGAGACCUGAUGAUAACCUGAAGGCCACUCAAAGACGACUAAUGAAUUUCAAGCAGAAUGCUGUCCCAUUGGUUAAAUAUUUCCAGGAAAAAGGGCUAAUCAUCACAUUUGAUGCAGACAGAGACGAAGAAGAGGUGUUCUUUGACAUAAGUUCGGCAGUUGACAGUAAACUAUUUGCAAACAAAGAAGCUGCAGCAGGGCCAAAUGAACUUGAUUGCAGUCUGAUUGUGGAUUCUGGAGAUACUGUUUAUACAGAAUUUGACUUUGAAGACCAGGAGGAGGAUCAGUCAAGUUUUCCUGGUUAUGAGAGCACAGGAGACUUUUCAGAAGAUCUGAGGAAAUCAAACAUAAUUUUUGUUGUCGGUGGGCCUGGCUCUGGCAAAGGUAGCCAAUGCAACCAGUUAGCCAAGAAAUACGGAUUUACUCACCUGUCCACUGGUGACCUUCUCCAAAAUGAGUUAUCGUCAGUGUCAGAGAGAAGUAAAUUGAUCAAAGACAUCAUGGAAUGUGGUGAACCUGUGCCUGGCGGUAUUGUCCUAGAGCUACUGAAGGAAGCCAUGGUUUCCAAGUUAGGAGACACAAAAGGAUUCCUGAUCGAUGGGUAUCCCCGGGAGCUGAAGGAAACAGAAGAGUUUGAGAGCAAGAUUGGGGAACCAAAACUUGUGUUCUGCCUGGACUGCUCUGCAGAAACCAUGAGCAGUCGCCUUCUGAUGAGAAAUCAGAGCAGUCAGCACUCUGAUAACAUCGAAACCAUCAAGGAAGGAAUCGAAAGCUAUUACCAAGCAUCAAAACCUGUGAUUGCAUACUAUGAAAGGAAGACACAGUUAUGCAAGGUUGAUGCAGAAGCAACACAGGAGGAUGUUUUUCUGGAAGUCUGCAAGACAAUUGACUCUUUUCUGAAAAAGGAAGAGGCAGCAUUUUCUUUUUCAACAGAAACACAGUAACGGCGUAUAUGCAGCCUCACCUCACGUGCACUCAUUGUGAUUAAAAUGCCAUUCAAAGCAAUACUGCUUUCUUGAGAGGUAUCUGGAAUUUUUGCAUGUGGUAUGUUAUUUUAGAUGAAAUCUUUUUUCUCUGUUCUGACAAUACACUCAAUAGAAAGUGCUCUGUAUGCUAACUCUACACUAAGAACCGCAUAUUGUUUUAUUGGUUGUUUGCUCUCCGUGGGUUAAAAGCAGCGUGGUGAACAGCAGCUCUGGUUUGUAUUUCAUGAUCUCAGACAUUUGAUUGGAAAUCAGAUGGUGCCUGGCCAGCAGUGAGCUCUUCAACCGCAUCAUUCACCAUUUAGCACAUUACGAUUACUGCGUACAAGUUUCCCAUUGGUUAUUAUUUUCUUUUAAUUAACAGUAUUAAAUUUUGUGGUGUCACUUAGCUUGUUCUUGGGCUUUAGUGACUAAAAUCUGUUCUUUGUUACAUGCAGCUGUAAGACAGCUGGAAGUAGUCAAGCUAGAAGUUUACAAUAAACUUUUCGCACAUCCCCAGAACACUAUUACAACAAGAAGCAGAAAAAUUAAUUGAAGGUGGAGAUACGGUUGAAUAUUGUGGAAGUCUGUCAAUCCAUUAUCGUGGAGCAGACACCGUUUUUGAGACAGCCUUGUCUUCUGCUGGGAAUUGUAGGAUAUUGUAAGGGACGACUUCCCAGUGUUUUGAGCUGAGGUGAAAAUAACGAUUGUAUUGUAUAGUUAAAUGUGCAACCCAGUAAUUAUCCAUAUUAACAGCAGUUUUACUAUAUUAAUAAAGUCUACAUACAAAGUUGACUAUGAGCCAGAAUGUAUGAAGAUGUCUUUAAAUCAUACUUCGGAAGUAUUUCAAAUGCAAAACUCAGAUCGUCAUCUGUUGUCUUGUACUGGCAUUGCCAAAACUUGGGGA